AUGGUUCUCACGACCUCACACCAUCAGUACCCACCCUUUGCUGAAGGAGUGACAACCGCACCACUGGUCUCGAUUUCCCUUAGUAAGCUCGAAACCAACGAUGAUGUCGAGUCGCGUACCUUCUUCAAGGCUUCGAAAGAGCUCGGCUUCUUCUACCUGAGCAUGGAAGGUUCCUCACUGGGCGAAAAGCUGGUAUCACAAGCCGAACAACUGCACCGUCUACAAAAGGAGUUUCACAACCUUCCCGAUGCGGAGAAGGACAAAGUUGCUCGAGAAAAGAUCGACCCCUUCUUCGGGUAUCGCCAUCUAGGUACAACAGAGCUGGAGGAUGGCUCAGUGAAGCGAAACGAGACUUAUAAUAUGCGCAAAGACGACCUCGUCGGCAAUUGCACGCCACUUCCGUGCCCGGACCUGAUCAAGCGAAACUGGGAUCUGUUAGCGAGUUACGCCCGGAAUUGCCGAGCCGCCAUCGACCUCAUGUUCACGCACCUUGAGCGUAACCUGGAGCUACCUAUAGGAACCCUCGCGAAAUUGCAUCGAAUUGAGGAGCGAUCAGGAGACCACAUAAGGUUCAAUAGGACAGCGCCGGGAAAAUUCAGCGAGGAGAAAGCCAAGCUAGGCGAGCAUACUGACUUUGGCUCCCUCACCAUUCUCUUCAAUUGGCUGGGUGGACUGCAGAUCCGACUCCCGGAAACGAACGAAUGGGUCUACGUACGCCCUGUUCCUGGCUCGGCGGUAGUCAAUCUUGGGGAUGCCCUCGUUAGGUUCACGGCCGGGUUGUUGCGAUCCAACGUUCAUCGCGUCGUCCCUCCACUUCCGCCACAAGACAAGAUCGAUCGGCACAGCCUGGUGUUCUUCUCCCGACCUGAAGACGCAGUGGUUCUGCGGCGGCUCAAGGGCGGGCUCAUCGACAAGCAACCGGAGUCGCAGAAGGAGGAGUUGGAGUUGACGAGUCAGGAGUGGAUUUUGCGACGGAGUGUGGGAGAUCUGAAGGGAGUCUAUACGCAUCAAGGCGGUCUCGAGUUGCGCCUGCCUAUGGUUCAAGGGAAGGCUUAG